AUGAACCACUGUUGGUUGUUGUUGAACAUGAUCGCGAAACUUCAAUCAACCCAAGUCAAACCAGCAACACUGAAAAGAAAAAAAAAAAAAACAAGACAAGACAAGACAACAACCAUAAAACCAAAAUACGUUUUCCUCUCUUUGAAAUUCAAAGGAACUCAAGUAUCAUCAUCAUCAUUAUUAUUGUUACGAUUAGCAACGAUGAACUUACUCAAGAUAUUAGACACUACACCUGAACCACCAAUUAUAGACUUGGAUAUUGAAAAUAUAAACUAUUCAGGGGAUUAUCAAUUAGCUACUCCAAUGUAUGAUUUUCAAAAAGAAUUGAUUGAUCAAAUUAUAUCUUUGCAUUAUCCAGACAUUUUAAAAUAUUGUGAAUUAAAUGAUAAUCGAGAGAUUAUUGUAAAAUCAUUAAAUAUAUGUAUUGAAAAUUGUUUAUUAGUUUGCACUCAUCCUUAUUUAUUAAUUGAUCAUUAUAUGCCGAAGAAUUUCACAUUUAAGGAAUUACCUGGCAAAUUAAGUGAAACUAGUGGGAAAUUUAAUGUUUUGAAAGAUUUAAUCAACGUCUUAUUAAACGGUGGUACUUAUCACUCCCUUAACAUUGGAAUUGUGAUGAAUAACAAAAAGAAUGUUUUUGAUUUGGUCGAUGCUUUGUUAUUAGGAUGUAAUGGUAUAAAUAAAAACGUGAAGCGAUAUGUUGGAAAUAAUGUAUUGCGUGAAUCGAAAAAGAAUAGUAACGGUAAUAACCACAGUGGUGGAAGUAACGGCAGUAAUAACGGCAAUCGUAAUCUGAAACAUAAAGAUGCAUCAGUUGUUCACUUGGUACCUCACGAUGGAAUCACUAGUAAAGAUAAACCCGGUUUAGAGAAUGUUAAAUUCGAUAUAUUGAUUGUUUUGGAUGGUAAUGUGGAUACCAAUGGUGAUUUCUUCAAGAAUUUGAGAGUUCAAAAUAGAGAAUCUCCUUGUGCUAUAAUUCGAUUGGUGCCAACCAAAACUAUUGAAAAUAUCAAAUUAUAUUAUGCUGAAAACAAACAAGAUCCAGAUUAUUUGUACAAUUUAAUAUCAUCAAUUGUUUGUCUUCGAGAUUUUAUUGGUCAAUUAUCUCCAGAUGUUUUCCCUAUUUAUAAUCAAAAAUUGACUUAUUUGUCAAGUAAGUUUUUUGACAAGUUGUUCAACAAUGAAAAUUCCUCGGAAUUUCCUGGUUGGCCAUUACCACCAUUAGCUAAGAUUCCACAAUUUACACCAUAUGAUGUUGAAAGGUCCUUGUUAACUGAAGUUCAUUUUCAUUAUACACCUUAUGAUCCAAACCCAAAUGCAAUGCCAUGCGUGACGGAACAACAAGAAGAAAAACCAAGUUAUUAUGAAACAAGAAGGUUAAACCUGGACUACAUUACCAAUCCAUUGAAGAACUCAUAUAAUAUUUUAAGUGGUAUUAGAAACGAUGACAAUUACAACGAUUCGUCUAUUUUGACUCACAAGUUGUUGUUACAAUUAAAUGAAUCGUUCUUAAAAUAUGAUCAAUUGGAUGAAGAAUCUAAAAUUUUCAAUAAAUUUAAUGAACCAGAGAUACAAGAAGAUAAAAUUGGUAGAAGAGAAAAAACCAUGAGAACAAGUGUAAGUAAAAUAAUUGAAGAUGUUGAUCAUUCAGAAUUGAGGAUAUCAAGUUCUACAAAAAUGGCCGUUAAAAAGAGUGAACAAUUGGAGAAAUUAAACACAGAAUUGAUAGAAAAGCAAACCAAGUUGAAUAAUUUUGAGGAAACUAUUGAGGAUAAGAACAAAAAGGAAUUUGUAUCUAAGCAAAUGGAAAUUUGGAAAAUAAGAGACCAAAUUAAAGAACUAAUCAAUCGAACAAGAUCUAAAAAUGAUGAAAAGAAUUUUAUGGUUCAAGAACAUACAAAUUGUCUAAAAUCAAUUGAAGAAUCAGAGAAAGAAAUCGACGAAUUGAAAAAGAAAAUUGAUGAAAAUAAACGUAAGUUUAGCAGUAUAUUAGAAGAGGGAGAAUCUAAACAGGAUGAAUUUACAAGUAAGAAACAAAAAUUAAUGAAUGAUAUCAAACAAGAAGAAACAAUUAAUGAAUCAUUGAAAUUUAAGUUAAAUAAUGCAUUUAAAUUCUUGAAAGAAACAUCACAUCUAAAAAAACGUAAAGGUAGGGGAAUCACACCAAAAUAG